AUGGCAGCAAAUUUUUGGGCUUCAACUCACGGAACACAUUGGUUACUUAACCGGCAACAACUUAUAAAUAGUAGGAAGGAUGACUUAAAACAUAUUAACGAACACGAAUUAACGAAAGUCAAUAUAUGGUUCGCGAAAAUAAUAACUGAUCUCGGAAAGAAUCUUCAGGUCAGGCAAAUUAUAAUUGCUACAGCGAUAACUUAUUUUAAAAGAUUUUAUACAAAAAAUAGUUAUAGAGGAACUGAACCAUAUCUGGUCGCUGCAACGUGCAUGUAUUUAGCAUGUAAAAUAGAAGAAUCACCUCAUCAUAUCAAAACUGUUAUUUCCGAAAUGAAAAAAUUAACCGAAGGUAAAGGAGGUUUUCCUUAUGAAAAUCAAAAAGUAGCAGAAAUGGAAUUUUACCUAAUGGAAGAAUUGGAUUUUAAAAUGAUUGUAUUUCAUCCUUAUCGAGCAUUAGCAACUUUGGCUCAAGAUCUUGGAACAAAGAAUGAAGAUGUUCAAAAUGCUUGGUGGGUAUUAAAUGAUACUUAUCGAACUGACAUGUGUUUAUUGUACCCACCACAUGUAAUCGCUGCUGCUGCACUUUAUUUACCUAUCGCUCUUAAAGAUAUACGCGAAUGGUUUGCUCUUUUGAAUAUUACAGAUAUUGUUCAAGAAAUAAUAUCAUUAUAUGAAUUAUGGACAGAAUAUAAUGAAGAAAAGCCACAGGAAAUUUUGCAACGCUUAUUAAAAAAAUGA